AUGCGUGACGAAAUUCGAUCAUACUGCUUGCGAAUUAUCAAAUUCCUACGAAAGUUUAUUGGAUUUACCAUUUCGCAUAUUGGAUUGUGCGCAUUAGUCGCCGCAUACGCUGUUCUCGGAGCAUUUAUGUUUCGUGAAAUUGAAUAUCCGGAAGAAUUGAAAUUUCAGGGACAUAUAGAAAAUGAUACAUGGACGGUAGUAAACGAGCUGUACAGGUUUAUCGAUUCAAGUGACGUGAUCGAAGAAGCGGAAGUGAAAAACAAAGCACAUCAGUUGCUCAAAGUUUUUGAAUUACAACUUGUUAAUGCUAUCAAUUUUGAAGGUUAUGAUGAUAAAGAUGUGAUAACACCAAAUUAUCAAUGGACAUUUUCUGGUGCUUUAUUAUUUUCAAUAACUGUUUUCACAACUAUCGGGUAUGGGCAUAUCUGCCCAAAAACGCCUUUGGGACGUGGUAUGACAAUGUUAUAUGCAAUGAUUGGUAUACCUCUCAUGUUGCUCUGUUUGGCAAAUAUUGCCGAAAGCCUUGCUCAGGUGUUUACAUUUGUAUAUUUCAAAGUUUGCUGCGCAUAUUGUCGCUGGCAACAAAAUCGCCGUCGCAUUUGUCGCUCAGCGAUCAGUUUUCGCUAUCAUCCUAAUGCGCCAAUAAAUGCUAGAAGAGUUCCACCAAAUCGCUACAAUCAACGUUAUCCUGGAAUUCGUCGACACGGAAGUUUGACACGAAUACACGGAACACGUAUGAAGAGUACUUUUAGUGAUUCGAAAAGUAUUCGUAGCUCACGAAGCUUUAACAACAAAUUUGAUACAGUUUCAUUACCAGGACGUCGAAAUUUCGCUGCUCAUAACGUUCGAACAACUUAUGAUAUCAAUCAUAAGCUGUCAUUAAGGAAAUGCACGGGAAUAGCAGCAGCAAGUCGUAUCCGUUCAAAUGAAAUUUCAUUACGUGACUCAUCACUUCAUAGUAUCGGUGAAUCAAAGCAAAAACACGGCUUUUGUAGCUUAUCACCGAGAUCUGCCACUGAACGUCCAUACGUUUAUUCCAAAGGUGGUAUACCAGUACGUUAUCAAAAUGACGGCAAAUCACGUGGUACCUUUGUUGAAAUUAAAAAUUACGUCCGUGGUACCACGGCCGGAACAUCAACUAAUUUACAUUCCAAUGUCACCGGUCACAUUUCUGUACCACAACUUAGGUUUAUCAUUCAAAAUUUUUGA